GAACGUGACGCAGGACGUUGCUUUAAACGUUGGCAGUGGCGCGGCUUCCGUAAGAGUGUGAAUAACAUAAUUAAUUCGCGGAUUUUUAUUAGUAUAAUCCUGCUGAUGGCGGAUAGCAGAGCGCUGGGAGUUUUCCAGGAGAGGCUGAAAACAGUUUUCAGCUCUGUAUUUGAGAAUCUGCUGGCUGAAAUCACUGAUGUUUACGGAGAGAGUUUGGCUGAGCGCAUGCGCACUUCUCACUGUGAACAGUGUGCCAGAAAUCAGACUAAGAGUGAUUCCAAUGAGUCAGAGGAAAACAAUGAAGUCAGAGCGGCGUCUGAAGAUUCGCAGCCGUUGCAGAGCUUUCAAUACGGCGACAAAGAGAAUCCUGAGCUGACAGAAGAGGCAGAAAUAGAGAUAAUUAUUGAAGAGGAGAAGAAUACAGCGCUCAUGAGGGAUAAUGAAGUGCAGACGCUUCCUACAACACCCGGAGAUCAUCCAGAGUGCGCUGAGCCAGAUGUCAAAGAAGAAAACCAAGACACGGCGGUGAUGAUGAAUGAUGAAGAUAACACACUUAAUGGAGAAGAUGAUGAAGAAACCAUAACCAGUAAGUAUCCUGGAGCAGGUAAUGAAGAAAAACCUCAAGACGGAGAGCUUCAUCAACCGAACCAAUCUGUGGAUCUUCUGUCUGAUUCAGGAAUAAAUGUAGUGAUAUCAGCAUCAGCACAGACCCUGCGUUUUCCUCUGAGAGAGUGUUCUGUAGUUCUCCAGAGGUCUGUGGUGCUGCAGAAAGCGGUGUGUGUGUCCCACGGGCUGCUGGUGUGUGUCGUCUGUAGUAAAUUGUUCCAGUCCCGCCGGACACUGCGCAGACACCGGCGCUUCCACAGUGGCGAGCGGCCCCACGCCUGCAGGAUCUGCUUGAAAACAUUCAUCCUGCGCAGAACCCUGCGGCGGCACCAGCGGUGGCACCUCCAGCGGCCCUUCAGCUGCACGGAGUGUGGGAAGAGCUUCAGGCGCUGGCGGCGGCUCCGAGGGCACUGGAGGACACACACUGCAGAGGGGCCCUUCAGCUGUAAACACUGCGGGAAAACCUGCAGGAGUCUGAAGAGCCUCGACCGACACCUCGCAUACUACAGCCACGAUUGACUGAGGAGAAUCAACUAGCGUAGGAGAUUUGAGGAUUAGAGUCUGCAGAGUUGUGCCAUGAUAUUCAUUAUGUAAUGUUCUGUGUGUGGGUUUGAGUUUGAACACUGAAGUAAACAUCAGUUCUGUGUGUUCUUUAAA